AUGGCCAACGAAUUGAGUGGCAGUGCAGCAGCAGCAGCAGCAGCUGGGGCAUCAAAGAAAGUCAUCGGUUCCAGUAUACACUCCUCCGUUGCGGUGGUGCUCGAUGGCAAUGAGCCGCAGUUUACAGACGCUGUGGGUCAUAAAGUGCCCAAGCCGCAGCCCUCACUGCAGGUGGCCAGUCCCAUAGAUUUGCUUAAUCCCGAUCGCUAUGAGUUCUACACAUUCGAUGAGCAUGGCGAGCUGAUCAAACGUCUAAUGACUAUGCAGGAAAUACAAAGCAUUGUAGCCAAUGGCGAUGGUGAAGGACCUUCGAUAAUACACAAUGCGCCGUUGCCACAGGCAGCGCCGGAGAAAAAUGUGCAGGACAUUGUGCAAAGCGUGCAGAGUGUGCUCAACAAACAGGUGGCUGCCAACAGCAGCAACAUUGAGCUGCUGCCUGUGCUGGAUACACCAGAUGUUAGCAGCUCCUGGUCGCUAAUACUGCCUGCCAUAUUCGGCAAUACAGGCGGCGAUAUUUUUCCACAGCAGCGACCACAGCAAAUUGUUAUGACGCCCGAAUCGGAGUUGCUGGAGAGCAGCACUACACCACGCGCUACCAAGAAACCCAAGCCCGCCAAACGCAAGCCUGGCAAUAAGCGCAAAACCACCAGCAGUCCCAGCACACAAAUGACGCCGCAGCAGGUGCAGGAGGAACUCGAUCCCAUGGAGUCUGUCUAUACGGGCAUGCAGCAAUAUCAGCAAGCAGCAGCGCAUUUGCAUGACUUUGAUGUGGCGCAAAUCCAGCCCAUCUAUCAAAAGCUGCCCAGCAGCAGCAGCAGCACCACCGCCAAGCCAGAGACAACCACACGACGCAUUCAGCAGCAAGCAGCAGUCAGCAGCAGCGUUAAGAAGCCUGGCAAUGUGCAACGCAAGCCAACGCAGCCGCAACGCGUUAAGAAACCCAGCAGCAGCAGCAACAGUCACAUCACCAACAUAACUGCAACUGGCAACAAGCAUAAGCUAAAGAAGAAGCCAACAGCAGCGCCAGCAACAACUACAACAACAACAACAGCUAUACCCACAACAGUUAGCACCACAACAACAACAGCAGCACCCGUCAUAACUGUCGAACUUGCAACAGCAACAACAUCGCCGCCCACAGCUACAACGCAUAAGAAACGCAAGCGCAAGCCCACGCGCACACCUGGACAGUCUAGCAGCAGCAGCAGCAGCACUAGCACCACCAGCCAAAAGCCUACAAAGUCCAAGCGCAAGCCCACAGGCAAGCCCAAAGUGCCAGCAACACAGCAGCAGCAGCAGCAACAGCAGAGCACGCAAAAGCCAGCGCGUCCACAUAGACCGCAUAAGAAGCCCAGGCCCACAAAGCUAACAGCAACAGCAGCGCCAACAACAGCAGCAACAACAACAACAACAACAGCAGCGCCAGCAAGCACAAGCGAGGCAACAACAGCAGCAGCAGUAGAAGUAGCAGCAACAGUUGAAGAAUCACAUGUUAUUGAGCAUGAUCCACCAACAGCGCAUCAUACAACAACAACAACAGCAGCACCAGAGCACAGCAGCACUACAACAACUACAGCACAGCAGCAACAUGGCAAGCCAGUGCAUAGCAACAUUGCUGAAACAGCUGUGCAACAUACUUUGUUGCAUACACAAAACUACGGCAUGGUCAACACUUUAGCAACAACCACUAGCAGCACCACCACCACCAGCACCACACAUGCGCCUGUUUAUCCUGUGCCUGCCUAUGAUACAGAAGCUACAGAGAAUCAAGCUAGUUUUGUUGCUGCUGAGGCGCCCGAGUCGCCUUAUAAACAAGCAGCGCUGCCUAGUUUAGCGCAGCUGCAGCAGCAAUUGCAAGCCAGCAGCACAACGCCAGCAGCAACAGCGCAGCUUACUGUCGAUCAGCUGCACUCAAUGGAUCAAAUAGUGCAAAGUCUAACGCAGCAGCUGCUGAGCAGCGAUAAGCCCAAGGAGCCAGUUAAAUAUGAUAGCGCGGACAGUCAGGAGCAAAUGGAAACGCUGGCGGCAAAGAAAAAAAUAGCGCUGAGCACAACAACAACAAGCACAACAACAACUGCCAAGACAACAACAACAACAACAACAGCAGCGCCACUGAUGAGCACAACAAAGCCGCUGUUAGCCAACUAUGGCGGCAGCACUUUGGCUACAAUGCUGGAUGAUGAUGAAGACACAAGCGUAAGCAAUGAAGCCACCGAAUCAACUGACAAGCAAACACAAAUGGAAACAACGCUAAGCAGCAUGGAAUUAUCGCCUGAGCAGCCAACGCCAGUGGUGCUUAUAACAGCCAGACCGCAAUACUUUACAACACACACAGCAACGCCGCCAGCAGCAGCAGCAGCAACAGCAGCAGCCACAACAGCAAUGGAGCCCGAGACAACAGAACUGCCAGCACAUAUGACAACGCCCAUGGCUGCCUAUGAAGAGGCUGAAACUGAAGCUGAUUUGAGUGCUACAAGCAAACCUGAUGCAGCUGAAGAAGAAGCACAGCAUGUGGUCAAGUUUGAGCCGCUCUAUGCUGAGCUUGCCGAGCCUUUGGUUACCGAUAUAACUGAGCUGCCCACAACUGAGCAGCAGCAGCAGCAGCAGCAAGAAACAACCGAAUUGGCGCCACGUUUGCCUGUAAGCGAAAGCAGUACCACUUUAGCGGAUGAUGAUGACGACAGCACUGAGGUGACACCCAUGAUUGCUAAUCUAGUGCAGCAACUGAAUCUGGAGGUGCUCAAGCCUACAGAUCAAAUACUUAUGGGCAACUUCCAAGAGCAGGCAGCAACUGUUGCUUCAACGCUUGUGGACGGCAGCAAUACGCUUGUGUCCGAAAUCUACAUGAACUCUAAUGAAACCAAGGAUGAGCUUGAAUUUCUAAUGUCCGAUGUUAUACAACAAAUAACGCAAGAUGCGCAGCCCGACGACUCGCAGCGUCUGAGCGGCUAUGCGCAGCUUAAUGCAACAUUUUUAAUGCCAGCAGCCAAGCCAGCAGCAAGCAUGGAGCCGGAGAUAAGCGCAACGACAGCAGCAGCGGAAAUGACAACGAUAAUACCAAGCAAUGAGGAGCUCAUCAAACAGGAAACUGCUUACCUGAGCACACAGACGACAACUGAAGCGACGACGACGGCAGAGUUGGAGAGCACUACAACAGCGCUGCCCGUGCUAUCGCUAUCACAAAUUUAUGCACAGCAGCAACAGCAGGACGAUGAUGAGCAGCAGCUGUUUGAGCUGCAGCAGCUGGAGACUGGCAGCAAACAGGAAGUUAAGCAGCCAGCAGCAGCAGCAGCAACAACAGCAACUGAAACAAGCAGCGAACAGCAGUCGUGGGAGCAGAGCACUGAAACUACGCUGACUAGCGAGGAGACAACAGCUAGCAGCAGCCAGGAGCAGCAGCAGCCCGAGUUGCUGACAAAUGCUUACAACGAGCAAAUGCAGACAACAGCAGCGCAGGAGCAGCAGCAAACCGAAAAGAGUGCAGAGCAAACACAAAACGUUGAAGAUAGCGCCACCAAUGCAGCACAGCUGCAGCCACAAUAUGCAGCAACAGCAGCAGCAGAGGAUGCAACAGCGGAGCAGCAGCAGCAGCAAGCGACAACGGACAGCGUUGAGCUGACCAGCGAUGUGUCCGAAUCCGACAUGAGCUACAGCACAGAGCAGCAAACCGAAAAGCUUGAGCUGAGCACCGUGAAAACAUUGGCGCUGAAUGAGGAAACAGUAGAGGAAAUUAGCGACGAGUUAACAGCAACACUUACAGAUGAGCAGGCAACAGCAGAGCAGCAAGAGGAAACAACAAGUGCGCAAAAGUUUGAGCUGCAUGCAGAGGAGGAUGCGUAUGUUAAGCUGGGAGAAACAACAGCAAGCGUAGUGCGACCGCAGCAGCAGCAGCAGCCACAGCUAAGCUAUGGCCAGCAGCCUAUAGAGCAAGCAGAUGAGGAGGAUGAAGAUGAUCAAGCAAGCUAUGCGCCAAGCAGCAGCAGCACAGCAGCAACUACAACAACAACAACUGCAACACCAACAACCAAACGCUUGCAUACGCUUAAGCCAGUUUCUUAUUAUGUGCAGCCAACGCUUUUCGGCGGCUACAAUCAAUUAACGCUGGACAGCAACAAGCCGCUCACUUACACAGCCAACAGCAAUACACAGCAGCGACCAGUGCAGCGUCCAGCUGCUUUAAGCAAUUUAAUGGCAGCUGCUACGCAAGCAACGCGUCCACCUGUAAAGCUUGAGCCCAGUCCGCUUAGCUCACAGGGGCUGGAAGCUUCCACACUGCGUUUGGAUGAAGAUGUGCUGGGCUUUGCGCGUUUGUGCAAUGAGCUCGCCUUUAGCUAUUGGCGCGCCAUUACCUCGGAGAAGAUUAGCUCAGCCAGAAGUUUGGUUAUCUCACCAUUCGCUUUAACUUCAAUGCUUUCCAUGAUGUUUUUGGGCGCACGCGGCAGCACUUCAGGUGAAAUGAAUGAAGUGCUUAAGCUAGACGAUAUGGUUAGCUUUAAUCCGCAUCUUAUACUACGCAACAUCACCAAUGCUGUGGAGCAGGCAAGCGAUGCUGAUAUAGCAACCGCUGCCUUUGUGCGCGAAAUCUUUAGCGAUCGCAGCAAUGGCAAAAUAUUGCCUUUCUUCAAAGAGAAAACGCAGCAGUUCUAUGGCGGCCAUGUGGAGGAGGUUAACUUCCAUGUGGUCAACGAUAUUGUUAGACGACGCACAAAUCUUUUGGUCAAACGUCACACCAUGGGCAAAGUGCUGGAAUAUUUGCGCACCAAUAGCGUUUGGGUCAAUGGCCCGCUGGCUACAGUCUCCGCUAAUCUUUAUCAAACCGACUGCAGUCGCGGCAGCACCAAUGAGCGCGAUGGCGAAAUGUUCUUCCAGGUGAAUCCUACAGUGCGUCAGCGUCGUCUGGUGCCCAUACCCGCUGUGCUCUAUCGCGCUGGCUUUACUGCUGGCUAUGAGCCGCAGCUGGAUGCCACAAUUGUUGCCUUUGGACGCAUACAAGAUACAGUUAGCACUAUUUAUGUAAUGCCAGGACAUCAGAGCUCGGUGGCGCCUACAGACAAUCUGGAUAGACUGGAGCGUCAGCUAAUGGAGCAAGCGUUUGGUCAGUCGCAGCUUUGGAGCAAGCUGCUUACCGCUCUAAUGGAGCGUCCUGGCAUGGAAGUGCAGCUGCCACGCUUUUCACAUCGCUCCUUUGUUAAUGCCACUUUAGGCUUGCAGAAAUUGGGACUCAAGGGACUCUUCCAGUCCGACUUUGCUGAUCUGCGUGGUCUCACCGGCGCUGGCAAUCGCGAUAUUUAUCUUUCCGACAUGAUUCAAAUCAAUACGUUUAGCACUUGCGGCGAGUCCAAAAUAUCCGAUCAUCAUCAUGUUGAAAUGUAUCCUGCGCCGCCGCUGCGCAAGCGCAACAAGGAUGUCGAGGCGCACGAUGAGGAUGAAUAUGAUUCGUCUGAGGCAAUUGUUGACUUUGGCUCGCUGGUGCAGGAGUCUUCGCUUGGACGUGGCUUCUACGAUGAUUUGCUGGAUCCCAAGUACUUGGAGCUGCCGCUGCCUUUGCGUCCGCGUCAGGCGCGCGUGCCCGAUGCGCCGCGACUGCGCUUCGACAAGCCUUUCCUCUACUUUGUGCGCCACAAUCCCACGGGCAUGCUGCUCUUCAUGGGUCGCUUCAAUCCGCGCCUGUUGCCCUAAGCAGUUGACUACUUAGCAAAAAAGUUAGCCCAAAUAGCAAACUACAUUUUUUUAACCAACUUGAACAAACUGCCUGCAAUUAAGUUAAACUUAUUUUUAAUGCUACCACUU